CUGCGCAUGCGUGCAGUCAGCACGGUGGCGCUUGAACUCCGGGGCUUCCGUACAGCCAGACAUGGCGGCGGCAGUGCUGCGGCAGUUGGGUGCGCUGUGGGUACCUAACCUGAGGAUCCGGGCAUCGCAGACCCUGCGAGUUCUACCCCAAUCAUGUAUCCACACAAGUGCUUCUCUUGACAUUUCUCGAAGAUGGGAGAAGAAGAAUAAGAUUGUUUACCCACCACAACUUCCUGGUGAACCUCGGAGACCAGCAGAAAUUUACCAUUGUAGGAGACAAAUAAAAUACAGCAAGGACAAGAUGUGGUAUCUGGCAAAAUUGAUACGAGGCAUGUCCAUUGAUCAGGCUUUGGCUCAGUUGGAGUUCAAUGAUAAAAAGGGGGCUCAAAUAAUUAAAGAGGUACUCUUAGAAGCACAAGACAUGGCAGUGAGAGACCAUAAUGUGGAAUUCAGAUCCAACUUAUAUGUAGCUGAGUCGACCUCAGGUCGAGGCCAGUGCCUGAAGCGCAUCCGUUACCAUGGCCGAGGUCGCUUUGGCAUCAUGGAGAAGGUCUAUUGCCACUAUUUUGUGAAGCUGGUGGAAGGACCCCCACCCCUACCCGAAGCACCCAAGACAACAGUCGACCAUGCCAAGGAGUAUAUUCAGCAACUUCGAAACCGGACCAUCAUCCACAGUCUGUGAUGGUCAUCCUGGCUCCACAGUGUAUAUAUUUUACAUUUGUUUUAAAAAGUAAAAACAAAUAGUUUUUAUGCUUUGUCAUUGAA